CUCUCAAGACCCUCCCUUGAAACUCGGAGCUCUUCCAGUUCUCCUUGAGAUGUCCCCCACGCCUUCCCCUGCUGCUAUACUUGGGAUUAACCUGGUGGGCGGUCGCUAUCCCGUGAAGCUUGAGCCUCGCGAGUUUCCGUCGCGGCCUCAGCCAGCUGAGUCCGUUAGAGCCGCCCUUGGUCUUCUCCGCUCGCGCUCUCUGCCCUUUCUCUCAGGAGAGGUGCUGCGCCCUUUCCCUUGCAAGCAUCAUGUCCCAGGUCCUCAAAUCGGUGGAUUACGAGGUGUUCGGCCGAGUGCAAGGUGUAUGUUUCAGAAUGUAUACAGAGGAAAAAGCUAGGAAAGUGGGAGUAGUUGGCUGGAUUAGAAAUUCCAGACAAGGUACGGUUACUGGCCAAGUUCAGGGCCCAGAAGAGAAAGUAAAUGAGAUGCUCACUUGCUUUUCUAUGGAAGCCAGCAACAACCAGCGACUGAGCCAGAUCUGGCCCUGUAUGAAGAGUGAAGCCUGUCUCCCACAUGGAAGGCUUGGCUGACCAGCGUUGGAAGUCCUAGUUCACGCAUUGACCGGGCAGAUUUUUCGAAUGAGAGGGAGAUCUCCAAACUUGAUUUCAAUGGGUUCAUCACAAGAUACUAACCGAAGAGAGCAACCGCGAGCGUGGCAUUCUUCUGCCGCUGCUGCAUAAUAAUAAUCUCCACACUUUGCUGAAGUGUCAUGAUUGCUCUUCUGGGAAGCUUUCUGCAUGUUAGGAAAUGUAAUGAUUCCCUCAUUUGCAUGCAGUAGAAACUGUGCUUUGGAUUAGUGUGCAUGAGUGUGCGUCUCUGCAGAUGCAGGAUUCCCCACGUUACGGCCAUCUCUGCAGAUGGCAGAAGGCAAAUAGGGACCCAUGUCAAGGCCAAAUGCAGACAGAAGCAAAGCAUUUAAGUGAUAAUUAGCAUCUAGUGUUUUUUCUUCUUCUAAAUAGGAGCCAUUUGAGGGAGAUCAGGUUGCAAUGGAAGCAUCUUCCCAUGGUUCAUGUCAGCUGGUGGGGGCACUUUUCCUGAGAACAGAGCAGAGGGAGAAGGGCGACUCCCCCUCCAUCCUGAUCAGACCACCUGUGACUGCUGUUUAGAAGUGCAUGUGUGUGGUGUGUGCGUGUGGGGGUGAAUUCCUGGGCACAUUAAAUAGAAUUAUGCAUUCAAUUUUCCAUCUAGUUUGGUCCACAGCCCAGCACAUAAUUAAGCGAGCAUGGUGCAUUAAUUCCAAUAGGAUUUCCAUGCCCAUAACUGCAUCAGAUCGUGAGUGUGGGUGUUCGCCCCAUGGCAGUUGGCAUGUUUGCUUAUUUCUUCAUCCAGCACUUGCUGGCAGAUUUACUUGAAACUAAGGCCCAUUGCAACCUAUGCAUCCUACACAAUGCAUCCUAUCGAGCUUGCUUACAUAUAACUGUGCACAGGUAAUUGCAUAUAGAUUUUCAAGUCUUACCGACCUUUCCCAGCAUAAAGGCUUGGGACAGUUUACAUCUUCUACAUAAAAUCAAUCUGCUCUCUGAAUCGCUAAAGGCACAGUCCUAUGCAACUUUAGACAGAGGGGGAACCGGCCUCUGAGCCAGCUAUGCAUCGGACCAAGCUCUUAAACAGUUACGUUCGGACACCAGGAGCCAGUCUCAAGCCAACAGACCUUGCAGUGGUCCUACUGAGGUUUUGGCAGCCCAGCUUCCCAAUGAAUCCCCACUCGUCUCAAUCCCAGGCUUUGCUUCCAACCCACGUUUCACCUAAGGACACACCACUGCCUUUUGCUCAUACCAAGCCUUUGUCAUCACCACCACCACAGACUUGCGUGGAUUGUCGUUUCUGUUCAUGUUUAACUUUAUAUUACAAUAACUUUACAUUGUAAGCUCUUCUGGCCAGUAACACUUUCGGGUAGUGGGCCCACUCGGGUAGCAGGCUUGCUGGAUUCAGUUGGCAGGGACCUCUCCAGGGUCAAAGCUGGGGUUAGGGGCUGGGAGGAACAGCUCUGCACGUUUCCAGCAAGUGUCAGGUGUGCACGGCACUGAUUGGCUAGUCCCCUGUGAAAUCACCGAGGCACCCUGAGCAGCUUUGCAAACCUGUUUUUCAAAUAUGAGGCUCAAAGGAACAAGCAUUAAAAAGAGUGUUAGCAAACUGCCUGGAUCGUUUGAUUAUUCUAUAGAGAUACACAAGUUGAAAUGAACGAGUAAAUGGUAAAAUAAUGUGAGCCUAUGUCUUCCUGACAUUGCUGGGUGAGGCAUAGCAUUAUUCAGAAACCAGCUCGAGAGUUCCUCUGGACGCACAGCCCUCCCCUCCACAGCUGUCAGGGAAGCAGCUGGAUCAGCUACCUUUCCAAGGGUGAAAGAGCACUGAAGAGAAUUGCCAUAUCCAAAAUGGCUCCCAGCACCACUCCAGUAAUGGAGAUAGUUUCCACGUUUGAUGGCUCAUGUGGAAUAAGACAGGUUCAACCCACGGCUGACAGCACCAUGAUGACAUUUCUUCACAUAUGAUGUAUGUCUUCACUCUAUGAUAUUGCUUUUAUUGAUAACGUUUUAUCCAAAAUAAAGGCUGAUAUUUCCUUCGGAAA